AUGACUACUCCAAACAAGACCGGAACCGCAUGCGUGAUCGGCGCCGGAGUCUCUGGUCUCACAGCGAUCAAGCAUUUGUUGGAGUACGGUAUAGAGGUGGUGUGUUUUGAGAAAUCCCAGCAUAUUGGAGGACUUUGGAGGUACAAUGAUGGAAACAGAGAAGGUUACGGUUCCGUUAUGAAAAACACAAUUUUGAACACAAGCAAGGAGUUUGUGACUUUUUCCGACUUCGACAUGGAUCCAACUUUACCAAAUUUCAUGCCGAAUCACCUCUUCUACGCCUAUUUGCUUGGAUAUGCUGAACAUUUCGACCUAGCAAAACAUAUUUGUUUCGGGACCGCUGUGAAAAGCGUCAACUAUGCUCCAAACUACGAAGAAACCGGUGAAUGGAACGUUACGGUAGAACGGAAUGGUAGCGUUCAUAUGGAAACUUUCUUGUAUGUGAUGGUUUGCGUAGGUCAUCACGUCUAUCCGUAUAUGCCGACGAUCGAUGGAUCCGAUUUGUUCAAGGGAACAUUCUCGCAUAGUCAUGACUAUAAGGCACAUGACUUCACAAAGUUUAUUGAUCGAAAUGUGUUGGUUGUCGGACUUGGGAACAGUGGCGGAGACAUCGCGUGCGAAUUGGCCAGGGUUGCUAAACAGGUAUACUGCAGCACUCGUCACGGCACAUGGGCAAAUCGUAGGGUUGUCAAUCAAGGAUAUCCCAGGGAUGUGAUCAUGAGAACUCGGUACUUUGAAAAAUUGCAGAAAUUCUUGCCAGCGAGACUACGGUCGUAUCUAUCUCUCCGAGAAUACAACAAUUUUAUGGAUCAUAAAUUAUACGGACUUCGACCUCAGGAACUUCCCGGUCAAAGCCCUGUACUGCUGGCGGAUGAUCUUCCCUUGCAUCUGUCUAGUGGAUUCAUCAAGAUUCGUCCAUGCGUGAGUCGUUUCACUGCUAGUUCAGCUUACUUUGAUGAUGGUCGCUCCGCGGAAAUUGACGAUGUCAUCUUCUGUACGGGCUAUAACUUCGAUUUCGGAUUUAUCGAAAAAGGAGAAGUGGUAGAGGCGGUGGACAACCAAGUUCAUCUUUGGAAACGUAUAUUUCCACCGCGAUUGAAGUGGAACUCGUUAGCAGUGAUUGGACUUGUUGAUCCAUUAGGUCCCACCACAACUAUCUGUGAAAUGCAAACGAGAACGGUUGCCCAUAUGUGGGCGAAGAAGGCUGAUUGCCCGUCUGAAGACGAGAUGCUGGAAGAAAUUUUGGCUGAAAAGAAGGCAACAGCGGCGCGUUAUCGUUGCUCAGCCAGGAAAGCUUCACUGCAAGUCGACUUUAUAGCCUAUAUGGAUCAGUUAGCGCUUCUAGCGGGUUGUAUGCCUCCCUUACACUGGAAAUUGUGGCUUCAAGACCCGAAAUUGGCUUUUAUGCUGCACUUUGGCCCUGUGACUCCGCUACACUACCGGUCGGAUGGAUAUCGAAACAGACGUGGAACUCGUGAGAAGAUUUUAGAAACAUUCGACCGUGUCCACUUGGCUAUGGAUCCGAACAAUAAUCAUACGUCCAACGCUCCGCUCAUCCUUCUCCUGUGCAAUAGCUAUUCUCUUAGCGUUUGCGCUCUUAUAUUUUCAUUCUUUGUCCUCAUAUUACUUUUCUGA